UAAAACCAAAAACUUUUCUUCCACCGUCUUUCACUCUGGUUAAUCAAAUCCAAACCCCAAAUCCAACUCGAAAAUCCUCUGAAUUUUCACAAUUUAGGGUUCGUUGAAUUCCAUCAGGUUCCAUAGAAAACCCUAAUUUAUCCCUUUUCAUGUUCAAAAACUUCAUAUAUCUGUCUCUGUUGUUUCGUUAAGUUAAAAAAAAAUAGAAAUAUAAAUAGUUAUAUCUGAAACUCAUCAGACUAAUAACGAAACCCUAAUUUAGAAAAAAAUGCCACGGCGGCGUGACGAUGAUGAUUUUGAUGGUGAAGAAGAUGAUGAUUAUGAAGAAGAAGAAGAAGAUCUUGAUGACGAUGAAGAUGUAAGAGGGAGUCGUGGUGGUGGUAAGAAACGGAGAAGAUCCGAUUUUAUUGAUGAUAUUGCUGAAGAAGAUGAGGAGGAGGAAGAAGAAGAUGAUUAUGAUGAUGAAGAUUAUGGUGGUGGGGGUGGUGGUAGUAGUAAGAAACAGAAGAAAAAAUCAUCUGGUGGUUCUCAGUUUUUUGAACUUGAAGCGUAUGAAGAUGAUUCGGGCAAUGAAGAUGAGGAAGAAGAAGGCGAGGAUGACUUUAUAGACCACACUGAUGCUGAAUUGCACGAAGAAGGUGGUGGUAGAAGAAUACCACGUCCUCUGUUAUCCCGUGAGGAUGACGCAGAAGAGAUUGAAGCUCUCGAGAGAAGAAUUCAGCAACGGUAUGCUAAGUCUAACCAUGCAGAAUAUGAUGAAGAAACCACUGAUGUUGAACAACAAUCUCUUUUGCCAUCAGUUAAGGACCCAAAGUUGUGGAUGGUGAAAUGUGCGAUUGGACAUGAGAGAGAGGCAGCUGUUUGCCUUAUGCAGAAGUGUAUUGAUAGAGGUUCUGAGAUGCAGAUAAGAUCUGCUGUUGCUCUUGAUCAUCUUAAGAACUAUAUAUACAUUGAAGCUGACAAGGAGGCCCAUGUGAGAGAGGCUUGCAAGGGUCUUCGAAAUAUAUAUGCUAUGAAAGUCAUGCUUGUUCCAAUAAAAGAAAUGACAGACGUUCUUUCAGUUGAAAGCAAAGCCAUUGAUCUGGCUGAGGAUACGUGGGUACGGAUGAAGAUAGGGACAUAUAAAAAUGAUCUUGCAAAGGUUGUGAACGUGGACAAUGUGCGUCAGCGGGUAACAGUUAAGCUAAUCCCAAGGAUUGAUUUACAGGCAGUUGCUAAUAAGUCGGAAGGCAGGGAAGUUGUGAAGAAAAAGGGAUUUAAUCCCCCUCCACGUUUCAUGAACAUAGAGGAAGCAAAAGAAAUGGGUAUUCUCGUUGAACGUAGGAGGGAUCCAGAUACUAAUGAUUACUUUUGGAAAAUUGAAGGAAUGAUGUUUAAGGAAGGUUUCCUAUAUAAAACAGUAUCAUUGAAAUCCAUUUACUCCCAGAACAUACGCCCGACUUUUGAUGAGCUUGAGAAAUUCCGUAAGCCUGGAGAUGGAGAUGGUGAUGUAGCUAGUCUAGCCAAUUUAUUCCGUGACAGGAAGAAGGGCCACUUUAUGAAGGGUGACGCUGUUAUUGUUAUUAAAGGGGAUCUCAAAAAUUUGAUGGGGUGGGUUGAGAAAGUAGAGGAAGAUAAUGUGCACAUCAGACCGAAAAUGAAGGACUUACCUAAAACCCUUGCGGUGAAUCAGAAGGAGCUUUGCAAAUACUUUAAACCUGGCGAUCAUGUGAAGAUUGUUCAAGGGGCCCAGGAAGGUGCUACUGGUAUGGUAGUCAAGGUUGAAGGUCCCAUACUGAUCCUUGUAUCUGAUACAACCAAGGAGGAUAUUCGAGUAUUUGCAGACUAUGUCGUCGAGAGUUCUGAAGUAACUUCUGGUGUAACUAGAAUUGGUGAUUACGAGUUGCAUGAUCUUGUGUUACUUGAUGACACAAACUUCGGGGUAAUCAUACGUGUAGAGAGUGAAGCAUUCCAGGUACUGAAGGGAGUUCCAGAUAGACCUGAAGUUGCACUUGUAAAAUUGAGGGAGAUAAAAAGCAAGAUUGAUAAGAGGAACAUUGUUGCACAAGAUCGGUCCAAAAACACUAUCAAUGUGAAAGAUGUUGUGAGGAUUCUGGAGGGACCUUGCAAAGGUAAGCAAGGUCCUGUUGAACACAUAUAUAGAGGAAUGUUGUUCAUAAAUGACCGGCAUCACCUGGAGCAUGCUGGUUAUAUUUGUGCAAAGUCACAAGCUUGCAUGGUCGUUGGUGGCUCACGUGUGAAUGGCGAUAGAAAUGGUGGUCCUCUCUCAAGAUAUCCUCUCAGAGCUGCACCUCGUGUUCCUCCAUCUCCAAGAAACACUAGAGGAGGAAGACCUCCUAUAGACUCUGGAGGAAGACAUAAUCAUAGAGGUGGACGAGGGCAUGAUUCUUUAAUUGGCAGUACCAUCAAAAUUCGCCUGGGUCCCUUUAAGGGAUACCGUGGGCGCGUGGUAGAUGUUACUGGCCCGUCAGUUCGAAUUGAAUUAGACUCUCAGAUGAGGGUUGUUACAGUUACCCGUGACCAAAUAUCUGACAAUAUCACAGUUACAACUACACCCCGUGAAACACCUCGAUAUGGGAUGGGAAGCGAAACACCAAUGCAUCCUUCUCGAACUCCACUGCAUCCAUAUAUGACUCCUAUGAGAGAUACUGGAGCAACUCCGAUACACGAUGGUAUGCGGACACCUAUGCGGGAUCGGGCUUGGAAUCCUUACGCUCCCAUGAGUCCAGCAAGGGAUAGCUGGGAAGAUGGCAAUCCUGGCUCAUGGGGAGCUAGCCCGCAAUAUCAGCCUGGAACUCCUCCUGCACGAUCUUAUGAAGCACCAACCCCAGGUACAGGCUGGGCAAACACAACCAGUGGUAGCUACAGUGAAGCUGGAACACCAAGAGAUAACAGUCCAGCAUACGCGAAUGCACCAAGUCCCUAUUUGCCGUCAACUCCUGGUCAACCAAUGACACCGGGUUCGGCAUCAUACUUGCCCGGCACUCCUGGUGGGCAGCCAAUGACGCCUGGAGGUGGUGGUCUUGAUCUUAUGUCUCCUGCUAUUGGUGGAGAUGCUGAUGGGCCAUGGUAUAUGCCCGACAUUUUGGUCAAUGUACGGAAAUCUGGAGAAGACUCCAUAAUAGGUGUUGUAAGAGACGUGCUUCCGGAUGGUUCUUGCAAAGUAUCACUUGGAUCAGGUGGAAACGGAGAGAUCACCACAGCUCUUCCACACGAAUUGGAGAUGGUGGUCCCAAGGAAGUCAGAUAAGAUCAAAAUCAUGAGUGGUGCCCAACGUGGGUCAACUGGUAAACUGAUUGGUAUCGAUGGGACGGAUGGCAUUGUUAAAGUUGAUGACACACUUGAUGUGAAGAUAUUAGACAUGGUCAUCCUAGCUAAGCUAGCACAUUCUUAGUGUCUAAGAAUUGUAAUCAUAGUAAUAAUUAACAUUUUAAUGUAUUUUUACCAUGUUGUAUCCUGCAAUUUAUGAGCAACCAGUCUUGGAAGAUGCACCCAGAAGGCCAUACUCAUAAAAACGCAGGUAUGCAACUUUUUCAAGGAACCUUCAAGCCUUGCUCCCUGCAGAUGAACACAGUAAGGGUAGUAUUCCUUGGCUCACUAUGGGGUCUUAGUGAACAAGAAUAUAUACGUACAGGAAAACAAGACUGGUUUCUAGAUGUGUGGAAAGGAAGAGGGGACGUGGUGGUGGUGAUGAACUGUAAAGUUAAACCAAAGAUGUACUUUCCUCUCGCGUCUGUAUGGAGAAAGGUGGAACUGCGGGCAAAUAUAAGGAGGGGCUAAACCAAGGAGCUUCGUAGUGCAACUUGUAUGAUAUCAGGCAGGGUGAGCUGGGUCUGUAAUUUUCCGUGUAAUCUCUUUUAUAGUAUUUAAUAGGUUUAGCAAGUCAUUGGAUCAAGUGUACGCGUGUUUGGUUGUUUCUUUUCCGUACACUCACAUGGUUGUGUAUAAGUGUGCAUGGGGGAAAGGGCUGGAAUAAUCUGACCUAUAACUUCGUUUUUGGUUGGUAUAAUGACAUAAUGUAUGUUGUAGCAUAGUCGGCAAGGGUUUCAGUCUGAAAACAGAAUUUCUGAAA